AAUGCAGCUGCUGCCUGCACGCUACGUAUAUUACGGUAUUUUACAGCUAUCUGGCAGAGGAGCUUGACGGACGCAGAGAUAUAAGGGAGAGGAGAAGGGAAGAACAGAUUUCUGCAAAUCCACACUUUAGCAGCUGAUUUUCACUACAGCAAAGGUACAGUGUAUUUUCUCGCUUGAGUAUCUUUCUUUAAAGCAUGUGUGUAUCUGGGAUUGACUUCAGCUCUUCAACAGUGCGAUUUCAUGUCAAUGCUCAGCAUAUGUGACCGCCCACAGGACCUUUUGCCAUCCUCCUCAUCAUGCUGAGGAAGGGAGACAGAGAGGUCCUCCUGGAUCUGCACUCUGAGAGUGAAGCCCAAACCACAGAUGGAUAUGGGAGUGUGCACAACGGGAGCUAUAUCCCACCUAGAUGUCUUUCAGCUGCUGACGACGAUGAUGAUCCCAUUUAUAUGCACUGUAAUACAACAAGUGACCAGUCGGUUCCACAGCUGGGGAAUUACUUCAGAGAUGGCAAAACCAAAAUUGACUUCGUACUCGUGUGGGAGAUUCGCUCGCGGAAGAAACGGCGAGGGAAGAGCGAGGUGACGGGUGAGGAGGGGGACGCAGCGCCCCCCGAGGAGAGCAGCCGGUCUGAACGCAGGAAGGCUCAGCUGGCUCAGUGGAGGGAGAAGUUUGUUCAGAAUCUGGAGAGUGCUGGAUUAGUCAUGGAAAAGGAGGAAACAUCGAAUGAAAAGAAAACAAUACAUUUCCUUAAACUUAGCGCUCCUUGGGAUGUGUUGGUGUAUUUCGCUGAGGAACUCUGUCUCAGAGCUCCACUGCAGGCUCAGCAAAACCUGGACCUCAACACAUCUGCUCGGGUAAUGAAGAGACUAUGCAUACCUAACAUGAUGAUGGAGUCAGUGCCAAACAGGCCGCUGGACUAUUACACAUGUGCCUUUCGCAAGUCAAAGAUGAACAGGUUUCUUGGCUGUGACAACCAUGACACCUACUUCACGAACACGCAGAGACACCGUGUGGUGUAUGAGAUUCUUGCCAGAACGGUGUACGGCAAAAGGAAGAGGGCUGAGGUUGGAGUGGACAGACUUGUGAAUGAAGGCGUGUACACAGCGGCUUUCCCCCUGCACGAGGGCUCCUUCAAGCUUCCAAAGUAUGAGAUUCGUCCUGACGAGCUGAACCAGAGGCAGAUUCUUCAUCACUACUGGAGCCGCUGGUGCAAAUGGUACAAGUACCAGCCACUGGACCACAUCAGAGAGUACUUUGGAGAGAAGAUUGCACUUUACUUUGCCUGGCUGGGUUUCUACACAGCCUGGCUGCUGCCGGCCGCAGUGGUCGGGACCCUGGUCUUUGUGUCUGGAGUCAUGUCCAUGGGUACCAACACACCAGCUAAGGACAUCUGUACCAGCGGAGCGAGUUAUCUCAUGUGUCCUCUGUGUAACACAUGCAAGGCCUGGAACAUGUCUGAUAUCUGCACCAUGGCCAAGUUGGGCUACCUGUUUGACCACCCAGGAACCGUCCUCUUCAGUGUCUUCAUGUCCUUCUGGGCUGUAACCUUCCUGGAGUACUGGAAGAGAAAGAUGGCCACCCUGGCCCAUCACUGGGACUGCAUGGACUUCCAUGAAGAAGAGGAGCGUCCUCGUCCAGAGUUUGCAGCCAUGGCCCCGACGAUGGAGCCAAACCCAGUGACCGGAGUGAAGGAGCCGUACUUCCCAGAGAAGACCAGGCUCGCCCGUGUGUUCACCGGCUCCAUGGUGAUCAUCAUGAUGCUGUGCGUGGUGAUGAUCUUCCUGGUGACGGUGGUCAUGUGCCGCGGGAUCAUCAGCUUGAUGAUGUUCCGCACCGGGAGCCCCGUCCUGCGUACAGAGGCAGGAACCAUAGCGAACAUCUGCAGCAGUAUAGUGAGCCUGGGCCUCAUCCUGCUGAUGGGCCAGGUCUACACUGCAUUAGCAGAGCAGCUCACUAAAUGGGAGAUGCACAGAACACAAACCCAGUACGACAAUGCUUUUAUCUUCAAGGUGUUCAUCUUCCAGUUUGUCAACUUCUACUCGUCCCCUUUCUAUGUAGCUUUCUUUAAAGGAAGGUUUGUGGGGUACCCUACCAACUACGGGACCUUGUUUGGGAUGAGAAAUGAAGAUUGUGGACCCGGGGGCUGCCUCAUUGAGCUGGCUGAGCAACUCUUCAUCAUCAUGGUGGGAAAGCAGCUCAUCAACAACAUUCAGGAGUUCAUUAUCCCUAAGGUGAAGGCCUGGAACCAGAAGAGAUCUUUGGCCAAGGUGAUGGGGGACAAGGCAUCCCAUGAGCCUCAGCGCUGGGAGGAAGACUACCAGCUGGUGGAGUGUGAAGGCCUGUUCGAAGAGUACCUGGAGAUGGUGCUCCAGUUUGGGUUCAUCACCAUCUUCGUGGCAGCGUUCCCCCUCGCCCCGCUCUUCGCCCUCCUCAACAACUGGGUGGAGAUCCGUCUGGACGCACACAAGUUUGCGUGCGAGUACCGCCGACCGGUGGCUGAGCGCGCCCAGAACAUCGGAGUGUGGUUCAACAUCCUUGAAGCCCUGUCACACCUGUCCGUCAUCGCCAACGCCUUCCUGAUAGCCUUCACAUCAGAUUUUUUACCUCGGCUGCUGUACCAGUUCAAGUUUGAUAAUGAUCUCAACGGAUAUGUCAACUUCACCUUGGCUUACGCCCCACUUAACUACACAGAGUAUCCAAUGUGCAGAUAUAAAGCGUACAGAGACAACGAUGGAAACUACUCACUGUUCUACUGGGAGCUCCUUGCUGUCAGACUUGGCUUUAUCAUUGCUUUUGAGCACGUGGUAUUCUUCGUGCUGCGCGCCAUCGACUGGAUCGUUCCUGAUGUCCCGGGAUCCCUUGAGCUGAAGAUCAAGAGGGAGCGCUACCUGGCCAAGCAGGCUCUGGCCGAAAAUCAGGAGGCUCUGCUGGUGAGUCGAGGCCGAGGGGCCGCCCCUGCCUCUCCAGGCAGCUCCAGCCCAGGUCUACCAUGUGAGAAACCAGUGGUUGGAGGGGAUAUUGGAGUAAUUGAAGACACUUGUUCCCAUCUGGGAUAACAAGAGUGAACUUUUUCUCUGAGUGGAAUACGGUCUCUGCACUGGAAUCUUUCUUUUUCUUUUUUCUUCACCAAUGUGUUUACCAUUGCACAGAAAUUAUGAUUAGCUGGUGUGUAAUGGAGGCUAAACUAACCCUAAAGUACGUUUUCAGGUCAACCCACUACAAUUGUAAGACUUGUAUUCAUACUAGGUGUAUACAAAACAUGACAUACCUAUACAUACUAGGUUAUGACCCUACAGUGACUGGGCCCUAGCCUGAGCAGACCCUAUGAGAAUGGAACAGUGUUAUUCAUUUAGUUCGAUGAUUCCCUGCCCCCUAUUUGCUGAAUCCUUCACCCAUCUCUGUUUUUUGUCAUGACAGAAAUUAAAAAAUACUGUCUAAUGAAAUGAAAUGAAAAGCAGCCAGUGCUGUGAUUAGUUGUUUUUAAUGGCUAACCAAAGUUGCAGCAUGAAUUGUUGAUGCUAUAUGAAGUUGUCUUGGGUCCAGUUAAAAAAAAAUCACUAACACCAACAUGCAGCAAUGUGUGUCACAGGUGUAGAGCCAAUAAUAAUACAUGGAUGUUCUAUGUUUUUUUUAUAAAAUUCAAGCAUAGUCAAAGGUCAACAAUAGAGACCAGUUAAACACUGCUGCUCAGCCUGCUGUUAAGUUUAUUUUUAAAGGGGCACUCCUGUGACUUAAGUGAAGUUGGUGCAAUGAAGCAAAGGCUGACAGAGUCCUGGUGGGGACCAAACUUCAAAAAACGCUGGUUGCAUAGAAGCUCUCAUAAAAUUAUCAUGAUCUUUUAAGCAAUAAUACUGCAUAACUGACCUUUUUGGCAUUAUAUUAACCUGUAGUAUCAAAAAUACUCAUUGAGGAUAUUAUAAAAAAACAAAUAUUUACAGAUUGAUUAGCCCCUCGCUGCUUAAAAAUAAGAUCUGUUACAACCUGCCUUAAGGCUGGAACAAAUGGGGAGGCCACACAGAGUUAAAUGCCAAAUAUCUGUUUAUUUAACAGGUUAAAGAAAAACACCUCUGAUAAAUAGAGUACGUAAGAAUCAGACUGUCAGUAGUGUGAGCAGUGUGUGUGGGUGUGUGGAAGGGUGUUAUAGCAUGUUGGAGGGUGCAUCAAACCUAACACAGGCUGAGGUUGCUACAGCAUGCCAGGAUCAGAAUCAGAGACUGAACCUUGCAGCUGGGCAACCUUUAUACCUUCUUGAGGCUCCGCCUCUAGAUGGGCGGGCACAAACAGGACGACACUCCCAGCACCUGCCAGAGGACAGCAAGGCAGGGAGCACAGCCAGGCAGAAGGGGGGAGGGGUCGUCACAGAUCUCAAACCCAAUGAAAUCAUCAACGUUAUUUCCUCAGACUUCACAAAGUCUUAUUAAAUGUUGAAAUUCAGGGGUGCCCCUUUAAGUUCAUUUUGGUUGUUUCGUUAUGUGCACACUACCUUUUAUCACUUAAGAUAAUACUGUAAGAGGGCAAAAAACAAACUUUUUUUUUUUUUUUUUAGACUCUGAUUGUAAACUGUUAUUAACAAACAUCUGUUGUCUUCGAUGUGAUGAAGAACUCAUGCAACUAUCUAGACCUUCAUGAUGCAAUGCAAUGUAAAUACACGUAUACUGUACAUGUUUGCUGUCUUCGGAAGAUGAGCAUGUUUGUGUUUUCUACUUGAACGUUCUGCAGAGUUGCAUAGGGACAAUUUGCUACUGUAACACACUGUAAAAAGGAGUGGAAUAGUGCCUCGAUGUAGGACAUAUUUUGUGUGUGAGCUGUUUUGCAUUUAGGACCUUUUAGACCAAAAUAAAUGUAGUUUGAUGAAUG